CGUUAGCAAAGGUGGCUAACAGGAUUUAGCUAAGUUGAGCUACGUUGCAUCGCAGCGCGGAGAGAGAGAGAGUAAUCCCCCACUGGAGAAACCACGGACACGCACUCAGUUGCCACAACUUUGCGUAACGUAACACUUCGAGGCGAACACCGAGAGCACAAUGCCAGAGCCGGCUGAGAUGAGCGGUCCAGAGGUGGCCAAGACACCGGGAGGUGGCGCUCCGGGCAAGGAGGGGAAGGAGCCAGUGGCCAAUGGGCACGCAGGAGAGGGUAGCGACGCCAACCCAUUCGCCGAGUACAUGUGGAUGGAGAAUGAAGAAGAGUAUAACAGACAGGUGGAGGAGGAGCUGUUGGAGCAGGAGUUCUUGGAGCGCUGCUUCCAGGAAAUGCUGGAGGAGGAGGACCAGGAUUGGUUCAUCCCUUCACGUGACCUCAACAACCAGGGGGUGGGGCAGCUGCAGCAGCAGCUCAACGGCCUGUCCGUCAGCGAUCACCACAACAACCUGGAGGAAGUGGCGAGGAAGAGCAUCUUGAAUCCCGAAGCGAAGGAGUUCGUCCCGGGGAAGAAAUACUAGGAGUCCCCCUCACCCCCAUGGAGCCUCCACGCACGCAUCACACACACACCAGUUCUCGCAUAUUCUCAGAGACUCUGGCGGCCUCGACCGCACACACACUGAUUUCACACACACGCGCACACACACACUCCUACACACUUGAAGUCAAUGGCGUGCUGGCAGGCCCAGUUGGGGGGUGGGGGGAUUUCUUUUUCUUUCUUUAUUUUUCUUUUUGUUUCUUUAAUCUUUUUAUUUCCUGUUUGUUUCUUGUAAACUGAGGGACAUUGGGAACAGGGGUGGGGGAGGGGUGUAAUAACCAGCACCGCCCUACUGCGGGCGCUAGCUCAUCAUUGCAUUUCAGAUGACGCCGUCGAUGUCUGCAGAGUGUGCAGAUCUCAUUGAUGUCCCCUUGGAACUGAGGCAGCUACCAAGCAGUGAUACCAGGACAAAAUGUCAUCUAAUAAACAUGAAAAUUGUUAAUUUGUGUGCUGUCGGAUUUUAAAAACAUCGUCAGUAGGUCGAGGGUCUCCAUGACAGUGAGGUUAGAGAACGACUAACAAUUCAGGGGACUUGAUGGGUUUCUGCAGCCGCUCUGUUGCGUCGUCACGGUCAGUCAAACCCGUUAACGUUUGCUCCUAUGGUGUCAUAAGCUCCUUGUGACAUCACUGCUCUCGUGCAUCUAGAAAUGCGGGUUCUUAAUUGUAUCCGCGGCGGCUCCGUUCCAUACCAAGUACAGACCCCACCCUCCCUGCACGCUUGUUUCGAAGUGAUCUUAACAGACAUGGACGGGUGUAAUCAUGGAUAAGAAGUUAUUUUCCCAAUUUAUGUGGAAGUCCAUGUUUAUCUUUUGUCCAGUUUAUUAGAGCAGAAGUGUGAGUUUCUCAAUCAUUCAAGUUGAGUUGAGCAAGAAAAAUUAUUAUAGAGGAAAGGUCAGAGAUUUUUGAACCUUAAAAAAAACUCAGUUCUCAAUUUUAUUUUAUUUUUUUGUUCACGGCUUCAUCCUUUAGUUCACUUUUGGAUUUAUGGGGUGUAGUGAACAACCUUGUUACAGGGGAGUAUUUGGUCUGGAACACAGCCACUGCCUCUUUCUGCCGGAACAACUUGGUUUGUCCAGCAUCAGAUCAAGUGUCAUAUUCAAAUCAGGUUUUCAAAUAGCCUCUCCUCCUCUUCAUUUCUUUUUUUUUUUUUCUCUUCAUGUUUUUGAGGAUGAGGAAUUUUGUGUCUCUACUGGGUACAGUAACCUGUGGUGUCCAUUCAGUCCUGUUUGCAGGAGGAAACGUGAGGGGGCAAUAUUGUCACAGCCAAUCAGAAUAAAGCAGUAUGGCAGACAGUAUGGCUUCCUUGCUGUUCUUCUCUUUGUAGGUUGACGUCUUUGAGGAAGUUCUUUUAAACCGUAAAUCUUUGUUGUGGUCUGGCUUUCCCUCAAGCAUUGCCCCUUAGUGCAAGUAUAAUCUCCGUUAAGUUGUGAGCCAAUAGGAAGAAGUUAUAUAUGUGAGGAUGCUUUUUAGGAAACCCAGAUUCUAAUAAAUUAUUUAGUCCGUUUUUGUAGUUCUCAGCCAUCUUGGGUUGAAAAUGCAAAGGCAGUAUUGUCAUCCUGUGAUCUGAACAUUGUUCUCCAUGCCACUGUUCAUUUGUGGUAUUAACAGGGACAAUAAUGUCUUGUGUAUUUGGCUGUAUUAGUGUUAAGUAGACACUUGUGCACUUCAUUGAAUUUAGGUGAAAGCUCUUCUUUACAUCCAUGCAGCUUUUUUCCGAUUUUUCAGCCUAACAAGUACUCAAGUGUGUUCUUAAACGGCGCAGUAGAGACCGUGACAUCUCGGUUAAAAACUGAACUUCCUCAACACAGUGUUGGACCUCAGCUGUCGAAUGGCACCCUGGUGAAGCCAAUAGGAAUGUCCGCCAGGUGGAUUGUACAACAUGAAAUCAUUUUUGGUGAUUUUGUUUAGACGCGUUAGCUGACAGAAGCCGUUUAAAAGAGGAAAAAGAGGUCCAGACGACACAAAGAGUAUGAAUUUCAAUACAAAUAAAAAUAAUGAAAAAAGAAGAAUAAAGAUGUUAAAGACAAAA